GGGAAAUGUUUUUAAAGUCCGUUCGAAUUCGUGUUGGGAAGCCAUCCAACUGGAUGUUCAGAGACGUCGUAACAGCUGUCCUUAUCCGAGAGAACGGACGCGCUUAGACAUUCAUAUGUGUAUUCAUAUAUAUGUGUAACGGUUGUUUCACGUCAGCCAGAAAGCGCUGUGUUUUGGAUCCGGGGCAAAGGACAGCGUCCGUGGCAACCAGAUUGGUUGACAUAAUCCGUUUCUUAGAAUCUAUCUCUUUCGUGGCGUACAGACAGGUGUUGCAAAUUUGGCUUUAUACUUUUGUUAAAUCUGUUAUGGCGAAAACAGAACAGCCAAAAUGCGAGCAAUAUCCUAGCGCAUCACCAGUCAGUAAAGACGAUUCGCUUCCUUUGUUAAGCAAAGCAACUAUGGCGGAGAAACGGAGGUCCGGUGGAUCGGGGAUCCUGGCCGACCCCAAAUCGGCGAAAUCUGACUCCGAUAAAGAGUUUCUGUCACAGACCGGAGUGGGAGUGCUACUGAGAGGAGCUCUCCUAAAAUUGGUGGAAGCCAGGUCAGAAGAUCCGAUUGGGUUUCUGGCCGACCACUUUAGUAAUUUAGCUUCUGAAUCCGAAAACGGGUCGGCAGGGUGCGGCGAUGCGGAGCAAACGAACACUUCAGAAGAACAACAGCAACUGGGGAGAGCUAUGUGGCACCUCAGAUUGGCGCAUCACUCCCAGAGAUCUGCCUUUAACAACAACGUGCGGGUAGCCUACGAGCUUCUGAUGAAGAGAGGGCAGCGUCGACGUGUGGGAGGCGGGGUGCGAGGCAGCAUCUACACAGAAAUGCUGCGUUUCCUCUGCAGCGAAGGGGAGGUGCCCGAAUUGACGGCAGCCCCCCUCCUGCGCCGAAUCCAAUGUCACGACCACGAGGCUGUACCGUUUGAACUGUUCCGGCAGGGCGUACUGACAUGCGCGGUGUUUUCGGAUUACGUUAGAAAAUCUCGGUCCCUCUAUGUGGCAGUCUGCCCCUGCCCUGACACACCAGCGGAGAGGUCAUUGUGCCAAGCUGUUUUGGAGACCCUGCGGGAUGCACUUGACACCUCUCACUGCGCCGACUCGGCCCGCUACCUGGAGGCAAGCGCCAAGAUCGCUCCGUGCAAGCUAGCCGAGGCAAUGGCUCUGGCUCACAAUCCCGGUCAAACUCAAACGGGCCCUACCAUGGAACCCCAGGAGUUCGAGGACGCAGCGGCGGCCCUUUUUAUCGCGCGAGUGCGCCCUGUGUCAUAAUUAUCCGUUCAACAACAAAAGAGCAUCGUCACAUUAAAAUAACAUCCGAGCAGAACAUGUCAUAACCCCUAGACAGAAUGGAGUAGAGAAUAACCUUAAGUACGUUGGACAUUUUGCUUCGGAAGGUCCACCACAAAAUAGAGGAAAAACUAGACUGUUCUAUAUGUCUAAUAUUUAUUUAUUUUUUUGAUGUUUCAGGACUAUGAAUAGUGAGAAGUAUAAGCUUUCCUCCAACUGGUUGCAGUUUAUGUUUACCUUAUAAGUGAAUAAAAACAUGCUUAUCUUA